AGAAGCCUGUCUGUUUUUAGGCAGAAAGGAAGAGUAUCCAGUACCCUCUGCCCACAGCUUUGCUCAGUAGACCAGAUAAAUGUGCUCAUUCCUGAUAAGCAUUGUUCCCCCAAACCUAUAAAUGUCCCAUUUUUGUGUCCUCUCCCCUCCACUCCGCUGUUUCAUCGGCUUUGCUUUCCCGCACAGGAGAGGUGGGAGAGCCGAGGGAACCUCAGAACAUGAAGGUCCUCUUUCUUUUUGCUGUUCUCUUCUACCUGGUCCAAGUUAACUCAGGGGAUAUUCCACCUGGAAUUAGAGAUGUUAUCUGCCUUACACAACACGGAACCUGCAGACUUUUUUUCUGCCAUUUUGGUGAGAAAAAGGCCGAGAUCUGCUCCAAUCCCUGGAACAGGUGCUGUGUACCAAGUACAGAGGCAGAAAUAAGUAAUAAACCGGAGAUGGUUGGCAAAAAAAGAGAACCCUGAGACCUCAUGUGUCAGCUUCUGGAAUGCAGGAGGGCUCUUGAAGUAUCUCAAGGGCUCAGAAGAAUGUGUGGCUUAUCGAAGGUGCUCAAUAAAAGUUUGUUGAAUGAA